CCAAAGCGCAGGAGCCGGCGGCAGCGGUCCCGGCGGUGCCGCGUUCCGCACCUGCUCGCUUCGGUGUUCGUCGUGGCGGCGGCCGCAACGGCCUUCCGCGCCCCCGGGGGCGGGGGGGUGGCUGCGAGGCAGGUUAUUCAGCAAUAGUUAUGAACUCCCGUUUACGAGCCUUAGGUGGGAGGAUAAAUAACAUACGAGCAUCAGAACUACCAAAAGAGAAAACACGAUCAGAGAUAACCUGUAACGUUCACUUCUUGGAUGGCUCAAUACAAAGCUUCAAAGUCAAUAAACAAGACACUGGUCAGAUUUUGCUGGAUAUGACCUAUAGUCAGUUGGGUGUGACAGAAAAGGAAUAUUUUGGUUUACAGCAAAAUGAAACUUCAGUAGAUUCACCUUUUUUCAUUUCACAGCGAUGGCUUGAACCAAACAAACCUAUUAGGAAACAGUUAAAAGGAGGUUUUCCCUGCACCCUCCGUUUUCGUGUAAGGUUUUUCAUACCUGAUCCUAACACACUUCAGCAAGAACAAACCAGGCACUUAUUCUUCUUGCAGCUGAAGACUGACAUUGUGGAAGGAAGGUUGUCAUGCCCUAUUAAUUCUGCUGUUGUGCUGGCAUCAUACGCAGUACAAUCACAACUUGGAGACUAUGAUGCUUCAAUACAUCAUUCAGGAUAUCUGUCCAAUUACAACUUUAUACCAGAGCAGAACAAAGAUUUUCUUACCAAAGUGGAAGCACUACAUGAACAACAUAGUGGCCUCAAGCAAUCUGAAGCGGAGUCCUGCUACAUAAAUAUAGCACGGACGCUUGAUUUCUAUGGAGUGGAAUUGCACAGUGGUAGAGAUCUCCAUAAUCUAGAUCUCAUGAUUGGUAUUGCAUCCAGUGGAAUUGCUGUGUAUAGAAAACUCAUCUGCACAAGCUUCUAUCCCUGGGUGAACAUAUUAAAAAUUUCCUUUAAAAGGAAGAAGUUUUUUAUACAACAACGGCAAAAACAUAAUGAAUCCAGAGAGCAUAUUGUUGCCUUCAACAUGUUAAAUUACAGAGCAUGCAAAAAUCUGUGGAAGUCUUGUGUAGAGCAUCACACAUUUUUUCAGGCAAAGAAGUCACUACCUCAUGAAAAAAAAAUAUUGUCACAUUAUUGGACCCUAGGUUCUAGAAAUCCAGCAAAGUCUGUAAACAGCCAGUACUGCAGAAAAGUCAUAGGUGGGAUGGUUUGGAACCCAUCUAUGAGGAGAUCUUUAUCUGUUGAGCAUCUAGAGACCAAAAGCCUUCCUUCUCGAUCACCUCCUGUUACCCCUAAUUGGCGGAGUCCUAGACUACGUCAUGAAAUCCGUAAAGCACGACAUUCAUCUGUAGAUAACCUUACAAAUGAGAUUUCUUAUAUUACUGAGACAGAAGAUGUUUUUUAUACAUAUAAGGGCUCUCCAACAUCCAAAGACAGCGAUUCAGAGUUCUCUCAGAACCACAGUCCACAGAGGAGGCCGUCUGAACAAGAAUCACCAAAGAAUGUAUUGGGAAAUAGUCCAACUCGGAAUUCUCUGACCCAUACCUCACCUAAAGCGUUGACUCAGUCCCCCAACGGAGUUGGUAACAUCUGUGACUCUUACCCACUGGAAGGGGUGGAUAAACACUUCCUAGAAACAUAUGACAAUGUUACAAAAAGUAGCUCAACAGAUGACUCCAGUCAGUACUACUGUGAUAAGAAUGAAGUAAUUGAGGGAGAUUUACUUUUGGUGCGUAUCACACCAGAUGAAGAUGGGAAGUUUGGAUUUAAUCUGAAGGGUGGUAUAGAUCAAAAAAUGCCCUUAGUGGUAUCAAGAAUAACUCCAGGAUCACCUGCUGAUAAAUGCAGUCCAAAACUGAAUGAAGGUGAUCAGAUAGUAUUAAUUAAUGGCAGAGAUAUCUCAGAACACACGCAUGACCAGGUGGUCAUGUUUAUAAAAGCCAGCAGAGAAUCUCACACGAGAGAACUUGCACUUUUGGUCAGGAGGAAAGUAGUUAAACAGUUUGUGGAGCCUAGAUUGGAAGAUGAAGUUGAUUCCCAGAAUCUCCCAGAAGCUCUUCUUUGUUCUGAGUAUGCUGAUACUCUGGAUGAGUCUAUGGAACAACUAAGGAAAGGGCUGGAAAGUGGGACAGUAAUUCAUCAGUUUGAGCAACUUUAUAGAAAAAAACCGGGAUUGGCUGUUACAUGUGCAAAAGUACCUCAGAAUAUGGACAAGAAUCGAUACAAAGAUGUUCUGCCUUAUGAUGCCACAAGGAUAAUAUUGCAGGGAGAUGAAGAUUACAUUAAUGCAAAUUAUGUGAACAUGGAAAUUCCUUCUGUGGGCAUUGUGAAUAGGUACAUUGCUACUCAAGGGCCUCUUCCUCACACAUGUGCACACUUCUGGCAAGUUGUCUGGGAUCACAAGUUGUCACUGAUCAUUAUGCUAACAACACUCACUGAACGUGGGCGGACAAAAUGUCAUCAGUAUUGGCCUGAUCCACCAGAUGUAAUGGAGUAUGGCGGCUUUCGUGUCAGAUGCCACUCGGAAGAUUGUACAAUUGCAUAUGUUGUCAGAGAAAUGGUGAUUACAAACGUUGAGACAGAACAGCAACACACUGUCACUCAUCUUCAGUAUGUCGCUUGGCCUGAUCAUGGUGUUCCUGAUGACUCCAUGGAUUUCUUGGAGUUUGUGACCUGCAUGAGGCCAAAGAGAAUAGAGAAUGAGCCAGUUCUCGUUCACUGCAGUGCUGGAAUCGGUCGCACUGGUGUAUUGGUCACUAUGGAAACAGCCAUGUGCUUAAUUGAAAGAAACCAACCUGUUUAUCCACUGGAUAUUGUAAGAAAAAUGCGAGACCAGCGAGCUAUGAUGGUUCAAACAUCAAGUCAAUACAAAUUUGUUUGUGAAGCUAUUCUUCGUGUUUACAAAGAAGGAUUGAUUCGACCACUGGAUUCUAGUUAGCACAGCAGUGAGGAUGCAUUUUUUUCCCCUAAAAAGACUGCUUUUUAAGUAAAGCAGGGGCUUGUUUCUCAAAGCAACUGGAAUGGACUAGAAGCCCAUGAGAAGACAGAUGAGCACAUUUGAACUGUGGCACUUUAAAUUUCUCAAGAAGAUUGCUAAAUCAUGUACAGUAUAAAGAAAUCAUGUAGAUAAAUAUGAGAGCAAUUGUGUGUAAAUGCUUUGCUUAGGCACCAUAAGCAAUCAUGGAAACCUCAAUGUAUAUCUUUCACUGCCUUAAACACCCCUCACUUUGGAAGUUACAGAGAUCCUUGUGUUUCUUCUGAAAAUACAAAAGGAAAACUAAUAGGACUGAAAUGACUCAGUUUAAGAAGGUAUUUAAUAUCUUUGUAUGAAAGUUCAUGGAAAGUGAAUAUUUGUAACUUUUUUACUGGGACAUUAAAUAUCUGUAGGAAUGUAACCUUGACUUCUCAAUGGCUGAUGAAAAGCUUCAAAGCCUAAUGCAUUACUACUGUACAUUAAGAAUAGGAGAAAUUAAGUAUUCACUUUCCGUAAGUCUAAUAGUAUGCCAGCUGUUAUAAUACUGUAUCACUGUAUGUGAUGUGCAAAAUGAUAGUUCAUUUAUACAUUUAAACAGAUGGUACAGUCUACAUCUUCUGUUGAUCAGUUUUACUUCCCAUUUGCCCUUUCAACAGUGACCUACUUCUUAGUGUUAGUUGUUGUAUUUUUCUUCUGUUUCUACUGUCCUCCAAGACUGUUAUUCUUCACUGCUAUUUCUGUAUGUGGACUGAAAACAUUCUAAUCUGAGAUGAGGUCUUAUUCUCUUUCACCUUUGUUUCCAUGUGUAUUAUGAGUUCUCAGAUGUAAAUGUGGAUUAACAUUGCACACAAGUACUAGUUUGACUUGCUGUAUAUGCAAAGUAGUCUAAUCCAAUACUGGAAGAAAAAAAUUACUACUGAACCCAUCAAAUAUGUUGCUGCUAAUUCAAGGUGUGAAGCUUACAAGGACACAGGUGUUGCUAGUGUUCAGACGGUGAUAAAAUGUUGACUUGCUGCCCUUCAGCAAAUGUGUGUUUAUCCAGUGAAACACAACUCUGUUGCAAGAGUUCCGUGGAUUUAUUGUGUUUCUUGCUUUAUGGAAAUGCAGCAAAAUUCAUGUGAAGAUUGACGUAGAAAGAAAGAAUGAAUUUGUACAUUGUUAUAUGAUUCACCCUUAAGGUACACUGGUUUCCAUUUCAUUUCAAAUGGGAGAAUUGGACUUUCUGAACAAUAUAACCACAUUUGUAUGGUGUUAAUUUAUUUUGUGUGUGCUUUAUGAUUACCCUGAGAUAGUUCUUCACUUUUGAAUAUUAUCUUAAAAAAAAAAAAAGGAAAA